AUGGCAAGCACUACGGACGCAACAGGUGGGCUCUUUGAGCUGAGCGAGGACCACAAGGCCCGCCUGGAGGAGUUGGUGGUGGGCUCGGGAGUGGCGGCCAAGGCUGUGGAGCUGCGGCACUUUCUGCAUGCCCAUCCCGAGCUGGGCUUUGCAGAGCAUGUGACGGGCGCCAAACUGGUUGAAGUGCUGACGGAGGCUGGUGUGCCAGCCGAAGCCAUCACCGACAUGGCGCAGACGUGCAAGGUGGUGGACAUUGUGGGGACCGGGCCGGCGGCGGCCGACGGCCCGCGGUGCGUGGCGCUGCGGACGGAUCUGGACGGCCUGCCGAUGGAGGAGGCGGCGAGUGCGGAGGAGCUGCCGUACCGGUCGACGCACGACGGAGUGAUGCACGCGUGCGGGCACGACGGCCACAUGGCAAGCCUCAUGGCGGCGGCGCUUGUUCUGCUCGACGAGAGCAACGGGCUCCGGGCACGGAUCCCAUCCAACUACACGGUCCGGCUCUUGCUGCAGGCGGCGGAGGAGCGGCCGGGCGGGGCGCUGCCGAUGGUGGAGUUUGGAUGCAUGGAGGGCGUGGACGAGGUGUACGGCUUCCACAACUGGCCUUCGGGACCGGUCGGCACCAUGCAGGUCAUCGAGGGCCCGACCAUGGGCCACGUCUCGGAGCUCGACUGCCGCAUCUUUGGUUCGGGUGGGCACGGCUCGCAGCCGCACGCUGCUGUCGACGCCAUUCAUGUGGCUUGCAAGAUUGUCGACGGCCUGCACUCGAUCGUCUCGCGCAACGUCAAGUACUCGGACACAGCAGUCAUCUCGGUCUGCUCCAUCCACGCCGGCACAGCGUACAACGUCCUUCCGCCCCACUGCGAUAUCAAGGCGACGAUUCGCGACCUCGAUCCCGAGGUCUUUGCGCUCCUCACCAAGCGCAUCCACGAAGUUGUCCACAACACGGCGGCGGCGUACGGAGCCAGGGCGGAGCUCGAGAUUCGAUCGCUCUACCCCGCCGUGGUCAACCACGCGGAGCAGACGCAGAUUGUGCGCUCGCUCGGCCAGUCACUCCUCGGUGCCGACGCGGUCUCGUCCGACGGCCUGCCGAUGCUCGCUGCUGAGGACUUUUCCUACUUUCUGGAGGCCCGCCCGGGCUGCUUCUUCUUCCUCGGCGGUGCGCCAGACAACGGCGAUCCUGUCAUGUGCCACAACGACGGCUAUGACUUUAACGACGGCAUCAUCCCUAUUGCCGCCAAGAUGUACCUUGCGCUCAUUCGGGCCUCGCUCCGCCUGCCCAGUUUGCUUGAUUAAAGUCUCCCGAGUCCUGUG